CAAUAGUUGGUGAACACUUUUCAGUAUUUUCGAUAGUUUUGAUUUUACAUUUAACAAAAGUAUGAUCUAAAGGCAUAGCAGUUAAGGUUUGGAGUAUCGUGCUGUACAUUCAUUGUUACUCAUUGUAUACAGUCACUAGUGUACUGAAGUUUACCGUUCAUGUGUCGACAACUGUAGUUUAAAAAAUCUCGACUAGAUUAGUGUCUAGAUCUAGGCCUAUUAAUUUGCGGUGUGGAAUCUUCUGUUAUCAAAGGAUAUAAUAUUUUCUGCGAUUGUUACCGUAUUUCUCUGCAUGGCUUCUGCAAAUGUUGACCAAAGUACUGCUGUAAAGAAUGAAACGUAUGAAAAUGAUCAGGGUCAGUCAGUUUUGCCGAGUAAUUUGGAAAUUUUCAGACGCAUCAAUGCACUUCUUGAUAAUUCCCUAGAGGUGAAUAAUUUGAGUAUCCCAACAUCACAAUCUCAACAGACUCAGCAGCAAAGUCAACAACAGCAAAUCCAACAGCAAAUUCAACAGCAACAGCAGAUUCAGCAGCAGCAAAUUCAACAAUUACAACAAUUGCAAGAUCCUGGAUGUCACACCUACUGUCCACACCCAACGCCAGAGCUCCAGUCAGUUUUGAGCUAUGCCAACGUACCACUGUCUCAGUCUGCUGCUUACACUUGCUGUAACAACUCGGCCUAUAGUGUUGGUCCUACACCCAAUCCAUCACCAGCCACAUCAACAGUUGGAACAAAUCAGGCUUUAUAUGGAAAUUUCCAACUUUUUGGUGAGAAUGCAUUUAACUCCUCAGCAUUUCCUUCACAAAAUGAUGCCACUUUAAAUGUUACUCCUCAGAAACAAAGUCGCACAAUGUCAAGUGAUUAUCUUUCACCUUAUAGUCCUUUAAGUGACGCUUCACUCUCUCCAACAGAAAAAAUUUUGUAUCAGAAUUUGUUGGCUAAACAUCAACAAACGGAAAGCACUGGACUGAUGAGUCCUUUAAGUGAUUCCUCAUUAUCACCUAUUGAGAAGAAGCUAUACUCUAACUUGUUAACUAAGCAUACACAAAAUCUUAGAGCUAUUCAAGCACCUCCAACACCACCACGGUCUCCACAGGAGUCCUACAGUGGAAAUGGUCAACUCACUGAUGACUCAGCUCUCUUGGAAAUGAUGAACAACUUGACAGUGAAUCAGCAAAACUAUAUUGAUUCAUAUGCAAAAUCAGGUUUAGAUGCCCAGAAUAUGCGCAGAAUGACCCCACAUCCUGCAAGAAGUACUAGAUCAUUAAGUGAAAGAGUGGGAUGGCAACCAGUUUCUGGUAAUCUUGCAAGUGGAGCCAACGUCUCGUACUUGUCAAACUUGGAUCCCUAUGCAAUAGAAAGAGCUGCUCGUCUCCAUAGGAAUGCUGCUGCUGUGAGUGAAGCCAGCUGUACUUGGAGUGGACACCUACCACCUAGAAAUCAUAAAAAUCCAGUUUACUCUUGCAAAGUUUUCUUGGGUGGUGUCCCUUGGGACAUAACAGAAUCUGGUCUUCAAGCAGCAUUUAAUAAGUAUGGACACAUGAAGGUGGAAUGGCCAGGAAAGGAUGGAUACGUUUAUUUGCUAUUUGAUGGUGAAAAAUCUGUUAGAUCCCUGCUUCAGGCCUGUACACAUGAUUUCAGUAAUGGGGACUACUUUUAUAAGAUUUCUUCUAGAAGAAUGCGUUCAAAAGAGGUUCAGGUGAUUCCCUGGGUAUUGGCUGACAGUAAUCAUGUCUUUCAACCCUCUCAAAGACUGGAGUCUAAUAAGACUGUCUUUGUUGGAGCCCUCCAUGGAAUGAUUACUGCUGAAGCAUUAGGGAAUAUUAUGUGUGACCUGUUUGGCAAUGUUAUCUAUGCUGGGAUUGAUACUGAUAAGCAUAAGUAUCCUAUAGGUUCAGGCAGAGUAUCCUUUAACAGUCGCAAAAGUUACAUGAAGGCUGUACAGGCAGCUUUUGUGGAGAUUAAAACACCUAAAUUUACUAAGAAGCUUCAGGUUGAUCCUUACUUGGGGGAUGCUAUAUGCAGCUUAUGCAACGCACAACAAGGAAACUACUUCUGCCGCGACUUGUACUGUUUUAAGUAUCUGUGUAGGUCAUGCUGGUACUGGCAACAUGCCCCGGACAAUUUACGUCAUCACAGACCUUUGACUAGGAACACCAAGAGUACAGUUGCCCUAUAAAUACUUUUUGUACCCAAGCAUUGUGUUAAGCUUAGGACUCUUUUUUUUCACUAAACAAAGCUGACAAAUAUUUAGUGUAUGAAAUUAAUACAUGAAGUAAAUGUAUAAGUAUGUAUGUUUAAAAAAUUUUAUCAGAUUUGUGUAAUUGACACACAAUGUGAAAGCUGUUUUGUUAUGUUAUUGCAAUUUUUUUUUUUAAACUUCUUUGAAAAGUUGUCUCGUUUUUCAACUAGGAAGCACAAAAUCGUAGCAGUAUCUUAAUAGAUCUAUGAAAUGAAGCUUUUUAAAUCCCUAAUUUUUUUUUCUAAUUUUUAUUAAUUUUAUUUUUUUACAAAAUAUUUUUAUUUCCUAAUUUGUUAGAGUAGGGUUAAAACAUUUUAAAAAAUUGUUUUAAUUUUUUUUUUCUUGAAGACUUCCAAAGUUAAAGAAUAUUUUUUUUUGAAAAAUCUUGGAUCAUUUUUACUAGACCAAUUUUUAGCAUCCUCUAGUUGAGUCUCACACACUGUUGUGUUAAUACUUUUUGAGAAAGAGCAAUUUAAAUUUCCAACCAUAUUAGCAAACUGUUCAUUUUUAGAAAGCAAACUAUAUCAAAUUUUAUUUACUUCCUAUGUUAGACAUUUUACUUGAUGUCGUGCAGAUUUAAUUUUUAGACAUUGCACUGGCAAACAAGUUUUACUUCCAUCUAAGCUUAUGGAAAUAUCAUUUUUAAUGCUGAGGGACAACUUGAACAUAACUUUAAAAAAAAAAGAAUCUUUUUUGCUUAUCAAGUGGUUAACUUAAACAUUCCAACAUUUGAUCUAUCUUAAGACAUCACUUUGAAACAGUUUUGUAAUUUUAAUCAAACAGCAGCCAUUUUUAAAGCACUUGGAUUUUGUUUUUGAUUGCUGAAAACAUUUUAUUUCCUGGCAUUAAGUUAGACAGUUGUUCAUUUCUUUUAAAGAAAUGCUCUUUUAUAAUUAAACACCUGAUUUUUAGUUCAUCUCUCUAGUGGUAAAUACUGGGACAGAACUUCUAAGGUGAAAGACCACAAGUUCAAGCAAAUUUUUAUAUGUGCAUGUUCUGUAACAAACUAACUGAAAUAAUUUUUAGCACCAUAACAAUUAAGAAAGAAAAAAAAAUAGUACAUAAACUCAGCUUUAGAUAUUACCAACAUAAUUUUUUUUAUUUAUUGUAUUCUGAAUACCAACUUUUCCCAAACCUUUUAUAGCCUUAUGGUUGAUAAACUUUAGACUUGUUCAUUGACAAAGCUGGAAUUUUUUUUUUUUUUUUUUUGAAAAAAAAAAUAAUGGCACUGUUUUUUUUUUUAAUUCAUGUGAAAAUAUUAUUGUCAUGGAGUUUAUCUAUUACUAUUUUGACUUUAAAGUUAAUGUAAUUUUUCUGACAUUUUUUUAAAACCAAGUUUGUUUUUGUAUUUUCUCUCUCAGGGUUUCGCCUGUAACUUGUUUCUAUUCUUUAAUGUUCAAACUACCAGGUGUAGUCUUUUGUUUAUAUUUCUCAUCCGUUGUUUUUUUUUUGUUGUUUAUUUAAAAAAACGUGAAAUUUGAUGAAAACUUUUGGAGGUUGUGCAGAUGUUCAGGUCUUAAUGUGAUAUACCUGCUUGAAAUAUUUUCUUGGCAUACCCUCAUCACUAAGUUGACACUUUGAUGCUAUUGAUAUUAGCUUGGAAUGUUGAAAACUUUUUCUAUUGUGUAUUUGUUUAACAUUGAUUGCUUUGUAAUUGACUUUUAUUGAAAGAAAAUUUGUCAUGUAAAGAGGAGGGGGGCAUACAAAUAUGUGGCUUUGUAGACCCAGCUGUGACCCAUAUAUUUUGGCGCUCUUGAUAAAUAUUGAUUGUGUAUUGAAUAGUUAUUUGGUUUAUUACUUGAUAGUUUUGUGUUCAAGAACUAUGUGGAUUGUAAACCAAAUCCAGUUGAUUCAAUAGGGUUCAAAACAUUUCCACUCAAGCUGCCCUAAGCUGAAACUGAGAAUAUAUGAAUGCCUAUGUUGACCACUUGGUGCCUUACAUUCCAGUGUGAUUCUCAAGUUUUUUCUUUAUACAAUUUCUUCCAUGCCACCUUUUAUUUUGGCAGACAUUUUGUUUACAUUUUUGUUUCUUGUUGAAUGUCUAGUGAGAAAUACAAAGCUGAGAGCUGACACAGCAAGUUGAGAUGCUAUAGUCUACCUCCUAGGACAGUGUUUAUAUACAGUCUGACCCUCUGUGAUUCUAACCCGUUCAUUUUCUACUAAUAUACAUUUGUUUUUUGUUAGCUAUUAAAUUUGUUGACCAGAAA